AUGGAGGAAGCACUUAAGAGGGAGAAGAGCAAAGGACAAGUUGCUCUUCCUGCAACAUACUGUGUUACCGGAGCCACAGGGUAUAUUGGUUCAUGGCUGGUGGAGAGUCUUCUUCAAAGAGGUUACACUGUUCAUGCCACUGUCAGAGAUCCUGAAAAGUCAUUACACUUCCUGUCAUUGUGGACUGGGGUUGACCGAUUGAGAAUUUUCAAAGCGGAUUUGAAUGAAGAAGGAAGCUUUGAUGAGGCUGUAAAAGGCUGUGAUGGCGUUUUUCAUGUUGCAGCAUCAAUGGAAUUCAGUGUUGUUGCGAAAGAAAACAUUGAGUCCUAUGUUCAAACAAAUGUAAUUGAUCCUGCAAUCAAAGGAACCUUAAACCUUCUCAAGUCAUGCUUGAAAUCAAAUUCUGUGAAAAGGGUUGUUUUCACAUCUUCGAUAAGUACCAUUACUGCCAAAGACAUCAAUGGAAAGUGGAAACCUUUUGUUGAUGAAUCUUGUCAAAUCCAAGCUGAACAUGUAUGGAACACACAAGCAAGUGGAUGGGUUUAUGCACUCUCAAAGCUUCUAACAGAAGCAGCAGCAUUCAAAUUUGCAAAAGAAAAUGGCAUUAAUCUUGUGUCAGUCAUAACAACCACUGUUGCAGGCCCAUUCUUCACUACUAAUGUUCCAUCAAGUGUUAAAGUCCUACUAUCACCAAUAACAGGUGAAACUGAGUUCUUCAAGAUAUUAUCUGCUGUAAAUGCAAGAAUGGGAUCAAUUGCUUUAGUUCACAUUGAAGAUAUAUGUAAUGCCCAUGUAUUCCUAAUGGAGCAUGCUGAAGCAGAAGGUCAAUACAUAUGCAGCAGCAGCAGUUGUCCUUUGUCUAUGUUGAUUAAUCUUCUUGCCAAAGAGUACUCUUACUCAAAUAAGAAAAGGAUUGCUGAGAAAAAUUAUGAUAAAGUUCCUUCUGAGAUUUCCUCAAAGAAAUUAAAAGAUUUGGGUUUUAGUUACAAGCAUGGACUUGAAGAUAUAAUCCGUCAGACAAUUAUUUGUUGCCUAGAUUAUGGUUAUUUACCUUCUAUUAGCCAAUAG